CACACACCACUGCUUCAUAUGCACUGCUGAGAAAGGCUGGAUUCAACCUGUUCCCUUUAAAAACAUUUUUUUAAUAUUUUUCUCAUUAUGUCUACGGAUUUGUUUCGUCUGUAACCUUUGUAGGAAACUGGAGCUUUAGUAGGAUACCGUCAAAUCAUGUGGAAAAUAUGAGUGCAGAAUUACGGGAGUGUUACAUGAAUCCCAAAUCCCAGAUCCAAGCCCGACUUCUCAAUGGGCAAUCUGGUCACCCAGUGCCUGAAAAGAGCUGCCAGAAUCAGGGAUAUAAACCAUCUAUUUUCUCCAAAGGAAAAGCAAACCUAACACAGGGUCAUGGUUUCAAUAAUUACCUGAAGAGACACAUUAAACAGAACCUAAGGCCUGCUAAGUCAGAACAGCACCUACGGAAAAGCCAUAGGAAGGAGGUACAGACACAAUGGGAGGAAUCACAACUUACAGAGGACGUGGAACAAAGGCGGGAGCAAAAACCAAGGACGAACAUUAAAUGUAAAGAGGGCUCUAUGCAAUGGGAGGAGCGUGUACAAGGAGAUCAGGAAGAACAGGACAGCAUACUAGAACAGGGAGAUGAGUUGGGCUGUGGGGAGGAGCUGGCACAAGGGAAUGGGUUAGAUUGGCAAGUGGGUUUAGAAGAGAUUAAAGGAUUUAAUUUAACUGAAGGACAAGACUUAUUGAAGCUUCUCUCUGACUCCUGCAGUAAAGCAGAGGAGGAAAUACAAGGAGUGAAGAGCCAGCUACAUAUGGAAGAGGAAGGGAAGGAAGUGGGUGUAAAUGGUAACAAAAGAUCACAUGUGACACAUGUUGAUUCCAGACUCUCGUCUAAAUACUCGUUUCAUAAGCAAAUAGUGCAUAAAGAUGGAAUAAAGCAAAACAAAACGCAGACAGCUGUAAUGCUGUCUGACAAAACAUAUGCUCAUGAGAUGCUCACUGAUCAAAAAAUGUUAAAUGGAUUUUACCAAAAUAGUUCUCACAUAAAUGGACUUAACACAGAUGAUUUGACCCCAGAACGAACUGACAUAAUUAGUAUGUUCCCAGAGUUGUGUGAUGCGGGUGAGGCAUUGGCGGAUGCUGAUGGCUUUUUAGACUGUGAUCUUUUUGAACAUAUUGAACCCUCUUGGAAGUCAGGAGUCGAAGAUGUGGGUGACUGUGGAGAUACUGGUAUGCUGCCUGUGGAAGAGGACUCAGAGAACUCGAGUGGAUCUUUAUCUACUUUUGUGGAAGAGGGCAGUGACAUGGUAGAGGAACAGGACCAAAAGGAUCAGGUGAAAAGCCUUUCAUUUUGCAGACAUUCCCAUUCAGAUCCAACAGUUUAUUCAAAACCUGAGAGAGAAGCUGAAUUAUUGUCUGAGGUUUCUGAUCAAUGCUUCACUUCAUUCUGCUCACCUGAGUCUGAGGUGACCUCAGAUGAAAUGGAAAAAUACGAGACCAGGCAAAAUCAGGAAAAAACUCAGGAUGGGUCAGAAACUGUACAAGCUGUACCUUAUGAGUUAGCAAGUGUGCCUCCCAUUGUUUCUAUGCAACCUGAAGAGCAAAAGUCACAGCAGGUGGAAGAGGAGCAUUUUGUUGGACAAGAGGGAGAAAAGACAGAUAUUCUAUGUGGUCAGUCAUUUUUGGCAAAAAUGUUAGAAGAACAUGUGUAUGAAGAAACUGAGCCAAACUUUCAAACCAAAGACUUUUUGCAGAGCAGGAAGUAUUUUAUGACGCGAUCCAUAUCCGUAGAAACUCCCAGACUGGAUCCACUGAAUCCCACAAUAUCCGGAAAAGGACGUUUAAUGCUACACCCACAGUCAUACUACACACGACACAAUUACCUUGGAGAUAGUUUGCCUGCUUUGACUGGUUCACUAGGGUGUCUCUCACCAGGAGGGCCUUGCCCCCCUGCUGUGGAAAUACCACCUCCCUUUGAGCUGUCUUCUAUCACAAGACGACCAAUCCGAAAGAGUACACCUGCUCUCCCAAGUGAUGUGACUGCCUGCAAUAGGAAACUUGACUUUGGCCUUAAACGUUACUUCUUACCAUUACGAUUUCUGAGGAAAACUGAGAGACGGACAGAUAGCCGCUCAGUGUCAUCUAGGUCCUCUUCAGAAUCAAGUCCACAGGGAUCUUGCCGGAGGUUAAAUUUAAUAAGGCAAUGUACAGAAAGUCCUGAGCUUCACAGGGCACAUGACAGCUCAGUUCUAUCAUCCCCAGCUUCCCUACGUUUACACAAGAAAAUGCCAAGGCAAGGAAUUAGCACACCUGUGAAUAACAAUUUUGGAUCAACUAGUCCAAACUCAUGGGAUAUGUCAGAUGACUUGCUCAAUUCCCUUUUUGUACAACCCUUCCCCCUUUCCAAACCUCGCUCCUUCUCUUCCCCUAAUGUGGACUCAUCAAUUUAUGAGAACAUUUUAAACACAAACCCCCAUUAUGAAAAUGUGCAGGUUCGCCUCUUAUCUCCCUCCAAUCAGAAUCAACGAAACCAGAGUUCAGCCAAUGACACUGAUGGCUAUGUGGAUAUGAGCAGCCUACCAGGAUUUCAGAGCAUAAGCCCAGCAAAUGAACAGGAGACAGAGAGUGCUUAUACAAUCUGCUCUCCAAUGGUGAGGUCAGAUGGAUCAGUGAGUGUAUCUGUAGGUUUAGUGAGUACAAAAGAGGAGGAGAAAAAAGCAUCUGAACGACUGACUGUUAAUUGUUCUAGAGUAUUUUACCUUGUGAAAGAGCUGCUGGACAGCGAGACACAGCAUGUUAAGACAUUACAGCUUUUAAAUGAGACUUUAGGUGCAGAUGAGCAGAUGAUAAAGCUUUGGAGUGAUUUCCCUGCAAUUUGUUCAUUCCACCAAGACCUCCACACUCAACUGGAAAGCCGCAUUAAAGAGUGGGAUCAGAAAGAAGGCAUUGCUGACAUUCUCUUGGCCAAGAAAGAAGAGUUUUCAGUUUUCUUUUCCUUUAUAAGUCAGCAUGAUUCCAAAGUGAGGACUAUGGAGCAGAUGGAGAACACACAGCUGGACAUCAAUGUUCUCAAACAGCAGCUGCUGCAAGUGAUAGUGCGAGUCCUGCAAUACAGAAUGCUUCUAACAGAUUACAAAAAUAAUUUCUCACAACUCUCCAGAGAGUAUGAGGAUACACAAGCUGCGUUGGUGAUGGUCUCAGACAUAGCUGAUAAGGCAAAGGCCUGCCUCAAGAAUGGGGCAGAUGUCUUGCGUCUGGUCAAUAUCGAGCACAGUGUUCAGGGAUUAAAGAACCUGCUUCAGCCUGGAAGGGUGUUUGUAAAAGAGGGAACCCUGAUGAAGGUCAGCAGGAAGUGCAAACAGCCACGUCACCUAUUCUUGAUGAGUGAUAUAAUGCUGUAUACGUACCCCCAACAGGAUGGCAAAUACAGACUCAUUAACACUUUAGCACUGACAGGGAUGGAGGUUACUAGACAUUUGGUUGAAAAUACUGAGAAUGCCUUAAAGAUUGAGGUGAAAGACAUUAGUAUCACUUUGUUAGCAAGCUCGUCUAUUGAGAGGGAUGAUUGGUUUGUGACACUAAAUCGGACAGUAUCUGACCUCGGCUCAUUACUGAUAGAACCCUCUGGCUGUUUUGAGGUUGUGGAGAAGUCGGGGGUAUGUCUCGGAGACAAUGCUCCACCACUGGUCUCCGUUUCCCAGGUAGCAGUGUGUAUGAACUGCCCUGUCCAUUUCAGCCUAACACACAGGAGGCAUCACUGUCAUGCAUGUGGCAAGGUUGUGUGCAGAGACUGCUGCAGGAACAAAGUCCCCCUGAAAUACAUGAAAAACAGACGUGCCAAAGUGUGUAAUAAGUGCUACAGUGAGCUUUGCAAGAAUGGUGAUGCUGCUGUGCUAGUGGAAAGCUCCAGUCGGCCACUGUCUACCGUUUUCCAGAACAUCCACCCAACGAGUCUGUGGAAGAGUCGAAAAGGCCACUUAUCAUUUAACCAGACGACAGGAUCUGAAGGUGAGAUGAGUGGGACUCUGCAGAGGAGUCGAAAUAGUAAGAGAAGCUGGAGGAGUUUGUGGUUUCUUCUCAAAGAUAAAGUGCUUUAUACAUAUCCACAACCUGAGGAGAGGGUUGCAUGUGAGUCCCUUCCUCUGCUGGGUUUCUCAGUAAAGUCUGAGAAUGAAGGAGAGAGCAGUGUGUUUCAGCUUUACCACCACACUACACUCUAUUACACAUUCAGGGCUCAGGAUACACACACAGCACAGAGGUGGGUCAGUGCCAUGGAAGAGGCCACAGUCCUAUAGAAGCUGCCAAAACCAUGCUGUCAAGACCAAGACUGAUGAGAAAAACCUUUAAAUACAUUUAUACAUUUUCCAAAGAUGAACUGAUAUUACAAGACUUUUUUUUUUGUGCAACCACAAACAAGAAAUGUUACAGUAUGUUGAGUUUAACUGGAAUGAGUAGUAAAGCCAAGAAACACCAUGUCCUCAUUUCCUAAUGCACUAAUAACAUUUAACAUUUUUUCCCUUUCCUUUGCCUUAACAAAUGUACAGUUUUAAUAUUUAUAGUUUAUCUAUUAAUUACCAUUUAUUUCUAAACACAAAGCCUCAGCUGAAAGCUACACAAAUUGCUAUAUUAGGCCUAUCUAUGGGAUUAUUGUUACUGAGAUUUUCUUAAUUUUCAUAUUUAUAAAUGUAAUAAUUUUACAUUUUGUUAUAAUUGUAGCAGGUUACUACACUGUAAAUGAGCCUUUUGGGUUUUCAAUAAUAAAAAUUUGAACUGAAAGGAUACAUUUUCACUAAUUAGUUAGUCUAUAUCAUGUGCAGUUUCUUAAAUCAUUUAUAUAAAUUUACAAUAAAGAUAACUUGUAAGAAUUGUCUGUAUUGUUUUGGGUGGAACUUAUGAUGUAUAUUUGUGAUUUUCUGCAUGAUAUGUACACCCUUUUGUCUUCAUAAUUUUCAUAAAAUUCUGAAAGUUGGGUGCCUUAUCGUAUGGAAUAUUUUCUUAGCACUGUUUUUUUGCCAAUGCGCGUUUUCAGAACAUGGUUUUGACAUCUUAUUUGUCAGAUAUAGAUCAGACUUAGAGGAUAUAGGAUUGGGGAGGAGUGGUGUUUGCACCCCUACUGAAUGACGCAAAUAGCACUUUUAUUCCUAUUAUGUAAUACAUUUGGCACAUGAAGUGGGACUAUUCUCAGCUCUAUACUGUAGUGUCCUGUGCAACCAAUGGGUGGCAGAAGACCAUAAAACCAAACUCAAUUUACUUAAGGUUUUUCUCUGUAUGACACAUGACCAUGAUCAUUCAUAUGUAAGGUUAUAAUAGUAACUUGCAUUGGCAGCCUUCUAAAAUCUGUGAGUUAUUUAUGUGAUGUCAUUCUUUAAUUAAACAUCUUUACAGAAAGUAAUUAAAAAGGACUAUUUAAAAGAAGAAAAUCUGGGAGAGUGAGGAGAGGCGGGGCAGUGCUGUCCUGUUUUCAAGAUCCCCAUGAGAUUAUCUGACCCAGAAUGAGGAUAUAAAAUGGGGGUAAGAGAAGACAGGUUUUUUUUUCAGAGUACCUGAAAGUUAUGGACACCUUGCCCCAAAUAGCCACACAUUCAUCAUUUUAGCUCCCUCUCUACUUUACACUUUUUCUCUCCUGCGUCACACACUUAUUCUGCUCAGUCUGUCUCCUCAUUUCCUUCCAGCCUAUCAUCUUCUGCUCGGCCACAUGCUCAGAGCUUAUCUGUACUUCAUGUGUGAUUCAGUAUGCUGUUGUUGUGUACUCAGCAAUAGGAAUCGCGUUUUGAGACUGCAAUGCUACAGUUUUAAUUAGGUCAAGGGAAUAAAUAUGAACAGAAAAUGUUUAUGAAUAUAUUGUCUAAAGCAAAAAAUAAGGUUUAUUUAAACUUGAAAUUACCUCUUAUGUCUUUACUCUCCUGCUCAAUCUGUAAGAAAAUGCUGUACGAAUUCAUAUGUGUCAUUGUACUCAAUUCACAGAUUAGUAUUCAGUCAUUUAAUGUUGUUAUGCAUGUUACUGCAUGUAAUGCAUGUACUGAGCCAUGACU